AUGCCAGGGCCGAUGAUGGCACGCUGUCAGGACUGUGUCGCUUCACGGCCGCGAUCCGCAGCGGUGAUCGCGCACACUCGGCAAGCCGGUGGAGGAGCACGCUCAGUGCGGUGCCCCCAGUGCCGCUUUCCGUCUUCUCUUUUAAAUGCACACUGUUCGCAUGUGGGUGUUGAACCCGGGCUCGAGGAUCUCAAAAUCCCCACCAGGUUGGUCUCAAGCAUGGACUUUUCCGAAGUAGAAAGUUUCCUGGACCAGCACCCCGAACUGUUCGAAGACUACCUGAACAGGAAAGGUAAGCAGAGCAUGGUGGACAAAUGGCUCAAAACGCACCAGGUGAGCAAGGCUCCGGGAAACCAGUGUGGCAGCGAAACCGAGAAGAACGGCGGCGGCGGCAACAGCAGCACCAGUGGCGGCGGCGGCAGCAGGAAGGACAGCUGGGUGAACAGAGGAGACGGUCUGCAAAGGAGGGCUUCCCACAAGGAGCUGAGGAAAAGUUUUGCACGAUCCAAAGCCAUCAACGUGAACAGGACUUAUGACGAGCACGUCAACUCCCGAGCCCAGGAACCCCUGACCAGCAUGCGGAGACGGGCUCUGCUGAGGAAAGCCAGCUCGUUACCCCCCACCACAGCUCACAUUCUAAGUGCCCUGCUCGAGUCCCGGGUGAACAUCCCUCAGUAUCCGUCGACCGCCAUAGACUUCAAAUAUUAUCUCAAACAGCACAACGAGAGGGAGUUCUUCCUCGAACUCGUCAAAGAUAUCUCCAAUGACCUGGACAUCACAAGCCUCAGCUACAAAAUCCUUGUGUUCGUCUGCAUCAUGGUCGAUGCUGACCGGUGCUCCUUGUUCUUGGUGGAGGGCACCGCCAACAAGAAAACCUUGGUGUCCAAAUUUUUUGACGUGCACGCGGGCACCACGGUGCUGCCAUCCUUGAGUAUCGAAAACUCAGACGAAGUGCAGGUGCCGUGGGGGAAAGGAAUCAUUGGAUAUGUGGCGGAGCACGGAGAGACGGUCAACAUCCCCGACGCCUAUCAGGACCGCCGCUUCAGCGAUGAAAUUGAUAAGCUGACGGGAUACAAGACCAAGUCCCUGCUCUGCAUGCCUAUUCGCAACAGCGAUGGGGAGAUCAUCGGCGUAGCGCAAGCGAUCAAUAAAAACCCGGAGGGAGAGGUCUUCACUGAGGAUGACGAAAAGGUCCUGCAGAUGUACCUUCCUUUCUGUGGAAUAGCAAUUUCCAACGCCCAGCUCUUCGCUGCAUCCAGGAAAGAGUACGAAAGAAGCAGAGCUUUGCUGGAGGUCGUCAAUGACUUGUUUGAGGAGCAGACAGACCUGGAGAAGAUCGUCCGAAAGAUCAUGCACCGAGCGCAGACCCUGCUGAAGUGUGAGAGGUGUUCUGUGCAACUCCUUGAAGAUAUCGAAUCACCAGUGGUGAAGUUUACCAAAUCCUUUGAGCUCCUGUCUCCAAAAUGCAGCGGUGACACGGACAACAGUUUCAAAGACAGCCUGGAGAAGUCGUCCUAUUCUGACUGGCUGAUCAAUAACAGCAUCGCUGAGCUUGUCGCUUCCACUGGCCUCCCAGUUAACAUCAGUGAUGCUUAUCAGGACCCCCGGUUUGAUGCUGAGGCCGAUCAGUUCUCCGGAUUUCACAUACGCUCCGUCCUCUGUGUGCCUAUUUGGAACAGCAACCAUCAAAUUAUCGGAGUUGCUCAAGUGUUAAACCGUCUGGAUGGGAAACCUUUCGAUGAUGCCGACCAGCGUCUCUUUGAGGCUUUCGUAAUCUUUUGUGGCCUUGGUAUCAAUAACACAAUCAUGUAUGAUCAAGUGAAGAAGUCCUGGGCAAAGCAGUCUGUGGCUCUGGAUGUGCUGUCUUACCACGCUACUUGUUCGAAGACUGAAGUAGACAAGUUCAAGGCAGCCAACAUCCCACUCGUUUCUGAGCUUGGCAUCGACAAGCUCUCCUUUGAUGACUUCUCACUAGAUGUGGAUGCCAUGAUCACUGCAGCUUUACGCAUGUUUAUGGAGCUGGGCAUGGUGCAGAAGUUUAAAAUUGACUAUGAGGUGCUCUGCAGGUGGCUGCUGACUGUUAGGAAGAACUACCGAAUGGUGCUGUAUCACAACUGGCGGCAUGCCUUCAACGUCUGCCAGUGCAUGUUUGCUAUGUUAACAACAGCUGGGUUUCAAGAAACUCUGACAGAAGUGGAAAUUUUAGCUUUGAUUGUAGGCUGCUUGUGUCACGACCUGGACCACCGAGGGACUAACAAUGCAUUUCAAGCCAAGACCGGCUCUGCUCUGGCUCAGCUCUACGGCACGUCAGCUACUAUGGAGCACCACCAUUUUAACCACGCUGUCAUGAUUCUUCAGAGUGAGGGUCACAACAUAUUUUCCAAUUUGUCAUCACAGGAGUACAGCGACCUCAUGCAGCUUCUGAAGCAAUCCAUACUGGCCACUGACAUCACCCUCUAUUUUGAGAAAAGAAAUGCAUUUUUUGAUCUGGUGGAAAAGGGAGAAUAUAACUGGAAUGUUAAAAAUCAUCGGGAAAUGUUUAGGUCUAUGCUGAUGACAGCCUGUGAUUUAGGAGCAGUCACAAAGCCGUGGGAGAUAUCAAGGAAGGUUGCUGAACUCGUCACCAGUGAGUUCUUCGAACAGGGAGAUAGAGAACGGUCUGAGCUGAAGCUGACACCUUCUGCCAUUUUUGAUCGCAAUAGAAAAGAUGAACUGCCCACACUGCAACUAGAAUGGAUUGACAGCAUUUGCACUCCACUGUACAAGACGCUGGUCAAAGUCAAUCCCAAACUGCAGUCAAUCCUGGAUCUAAUCAAAAUUAACAGGACCAACUGGGACGAGCUGCACAGAGAAAGACAGCAGAAGCAGAGGAGCAGUGGCGCCAUCAGCAACAUGGGCGCCAUUAGCAGUCCAAGUAGCAUUGCCAGUCCGGCUGGCUGCAGCCUGCCGCCCGACAGCACCAGCUAGGCCCCCCUGCAGAGCGGGCCCUUACUCCCGGUGGGUUUCCACAUGUCAGCCUGAGGCGACGCUCAGAGUGUGGCGCUCUUUUUAGCUUUUGACGCCAUUGUGGAAUCUGUCAGAAGCACACAGACACACCUUUUUUCAAGGAGGGCAAGGAGGAUUUUGGGGGCAUCCCAGCUGCGAUGGCCUGUGCCACUUUCUGCAAAGCUGGAUGGCAUUGAUAUUCUGGGUGUGUA